AUGCCGCCGGCCUAUGAGUUCCGGGGAAAUGACCGACGGUCAUCGUAUCGCCCCAAGCAAGAAUUCACCUUUCGUUAUCCGCGUCCUGGUACCUCCGAGCGUCCGCUACUGAGAACCAGAAGAGAAGCUACACCAGAGCAGCUGCUAGCACAGGGAACGUCGGACAGUAAACCUGGCUUGAAGUUUGCUUCCAUAGAAAACCUCAGCGACAGCGAAGAGGCGGAUAUGGACGUAUCCUCUGAUGACGAUGCGGAUGCGACUCAUCCACGCAAGAAACGCGCGAUUGAGUCCAACAGUACCACAGAUACCGCCCCUCCUGCAGCGGCGCCCACUCCCCGGUGGUCCAACCCUGAUCCUUAUACUGCGCUGCCCCCGCCCGACGAUAGUCAAUCAAAGCGAGUGGAUGUGGUCAAAUUAAUCCGCAAGGCUCGGAUUGCUGCGACCGCGAACCAGACCGCACAGAAGGAUGCAGUAACCACCAACGAGGACUUCAUCUCACUUGGUGGGCUGGGUGAUGAUGAGGAUGAAGACAGGAACCCCCCGGAGAACGCGCCUACCGGUCCGAAGCGUCAACUUGAUGGAAGAGAUUCGGCGCUGGGCAGUCGAAAGAGAACAUAUGAUGACGAGCUGAAGGGCAUUUCGAAGAAGACCGGAAAACCACUGAGUCGGUUCCAUAACGAUGGCUCGAUAACUGAUGAAUGGAGGGUGCGCCCACUUCAAUCGGGUGCGCCCUGGCUACAUCAUAUGGCGCCUACCUUACACUUGGGUACCAGAUUACACAACGAAAUCUUAAGCUUUUAUCACUGGGUGAAGCCGGUCUCUUAUGAGCAAAUCGUGCGAGAGGACUUGGUAUCUAGACUGCAGACUGCAUUUCAGAGCAGGUACUACGGUGUGCAAUUGCGUCCAUUCGGUUCCUUUGCGUCCGGCCUCUACCUUCCCACUGCGGAUAUAGAUUUGGUUCUACUUUCAACAAACUUUAUGCGCCAUGGGAUCAAGACUUUUGGCGAGCGGAAAGGUCAAAUCUACGCGUUUGCUGCAUUUCUGAAGAACCAGAACAUAGCUGUUCCCAACUCAAUUGAAACGAUCGCUCAUGCUCGUGUGCCCAUCCUCAAAUUCGUGGACAAAACUACGGGUCUCAGAGUUGAUCUUUCCUUUGACAACGACAGUGGACUGGUUGCCAAUGAAACCUUCAAGCAGUGGAAGUCUGAGUACCCCGCAAUGCCCGUUCUUGUGUCCGUGGUCAAGCAGUUCCUCCUUCUUCGAGGCCUCAAUGAAGUACCCACUGGUGGAUUGGGUGGAUUCUCAAUUACUUGUCUGGUCACAAGCUUGUUGCAACACAUGCCUUAUGGUCACUCGGCACCGAACCUAGGCAGCAUGCUCAUGGAUUUCUUUGAAUUCUACGGCAAGCAUUUUGACUAUGAAAACGUUGCCAUCCGUUUCAACCCGCCUAGUUACUACAACAAAAAGGUCUACGGCUCCCGAGAUAACAACCCCCGUCUCUCGAUCGAAGAUCCCAAUAAUGCCGAUAAUGACGUUUCUGGCGGCACACGAGAGAUUGCUUUGAUCUUCCGGUCUUUUGCUGAAGCUUACAGACGGCUCAAGGCGCGAAUGAUCACAACUGCCAGGUUAGAGGAUCCCAAGGCCAGCAUUUUGGAAACCAUCAUUGCGGCAAACUACGACGAAUAUACCGAGCAACGGUGGCAGCUGCGCCAGAUCUUCGACAAUGAUCCCCGCUUUGCUCAUCUCCAUCAGCCUCCCACACCCCCACCCCCACCUCAAGGCUCACCCCCGGCUAAUACCGCCCCGCCACCACCCUCUCUGCCUCCCAAUUCCCCUCCGCCCGUGAAGGAGAAGGAGAAGGAGAAGGAGAAGGAGAAGAUUACUAAACUGCAAAAGAAGCAACAAGCGGCGCGAGAUCGUGCGGCACGUCUCAGGCGACUACGACCAGACCUUCCAUCUGUUCCCAGUUCCAUCACCAAUGAGCAAGCAAUGAGUCUUGGUGGGUAUAAAACUCAGUCAGACAUGGAUCGGGAUCUUAUGCAACGCGAGAAAGAGUCCAACACACCUAGCGAAGACUAA